GGUAGAAGAGGUCAUAAGAAUAAAUCCUUCAGAUGGAGCGAGUAAAGACCUCAGAGACUGAUGUCCACCAAUUAUCAAAGUUCCACUGAGAAACGACAGACAGGACAAAGACUGGUGCUCUUACGACACAAAGUUAAAUACAUUCCAAUAUAAAAUAUCCGCAUUAUUCCCAUCAAACUAUAAUAAGAUAAUUCACAUUCUUUAAUUAAUCUGAUAAAGCAACUACACCUUAAUCCCCGGUAGAAUAAAUAAAGCUAAUAUAUUACAAUCAAUCUACAGUUCGCAUUCAAUCUGUACACCCUCCUAACCCCAACAACCCCUUCACUAAAAUAAAAAAAAAAAAAGAAAAAACCGCAGACACAUUAUUUUGUCCUUUUUAUGUAAAGAACCUUUCAGUCCGCCAGACACAAUGCGUUCGCAUCCACGUCGAUUAAACGAUUACAAGAAUAUAUUUUUUCCUCCUUUACUUGCUUAUCUUUACGUAAGAAAGAUGGAGGUAAUGGACCAAUGGGGAGGGCAGCGGUGUGCUAUAAAGGCUGCCAUCACGGGGAUGAGGCACAAAGUGUGGAGGAUCUGCAGUGCAGCACGCGAUGCUUGACGCAGGCGCAGUUCUGACGAAACGGUCCUCAGGCUGGGUGGCACUCAUGGGGAACAAAAGCUUUGGUCUGUGGCUGCUCCUGGUCUUGACCUGGACCUGCGCUUUGACUACCAGUGGCGCCCUCAGUGUCUCAGCCCCAGAUCAGCAUGGGAGGAGAGGGUCACCCGUGGGUCUCCUUGACCACGAUGACCCAGACGUCUAUUUCUCGAAGGGAUUCAACUCCGACCCGGACUUGACGCUAGUGGCGGACAUGAGAGGGUCGGAGGACGUGGAGGUCACCGACGGCACGCGCAUGGAGGGCGAUGACGACAUAACCGCCAGCAAGAGAUGGCGCUCAACGUCAGGAAGAGACAACGAACACCAAGACUGGGUGUCGAUCUUCCGUAGCGCUCUUCUAGAUGUAAGUAAAAGAAGACACCCAGUCUUGUCCAUCAACACUGCGCUGGUCACCCUCGCCGACAUGCUCAGACGCUCCGAGUUCAACCGUCAGCGACAACGUCACAUCGAGCAUCUUCUCAAGACUGGCCGUUGAGCCACUCCAAUCUUGGCUAGCCAGUGAUGUCCUUGUAGACAACCAGUGUGUACCAGCACCGUUCAUGGGACAGUGACGGAGCUUGAAAGUCAUAACACACCCACCAUAACACACCCACCACAAACCCACAACUGGUAGACGUGUUCAAGAGAAACAACUUCAUUUCAGAUAUUUUCGUGUCAAGUUCCGAAGUUAUCCCGUAGACGAUGUUAGUGUCAUUUAGUAAAUCAACUUCUUGCAUUAAAUCGAGCGAACUGCUUAUACAGGAACUUAAAAAGAAACAGUUACAUUCUAAUGAGCUUUCUCUAAUACUGUUGCUGCUGUUGUUUCUUCUUCUAAUCAUCUAAUCUGCUAUCAAGAAUUAUCCAUCCACUCUUCAAAAUUCGAGUCCAAGAGCUCACAGACUGCUUUAUGAAAAAAUAAUAAACGAAACCUAUGAUCACUUUUUUUCUUGCUGGAGAUCCCAGAGUAAUUUUAUUUUCCUUCAAAGAAAUCGUUAUUCUUGGUUUAGGAUUUUUCUGUUCUAAAAAAAAAAUAGUAUCUCUGUUCAUAAGAAAGUUUCUUCCAAGACUGCUCUCAGAGAAAUUCCAGUGCAUUUAUUGUACAAUUGUCUUUGUUGGCGCGACCUGAAAGGCAGUCUUGUGUAAGUCAUAAACUAUUGAUCAACAGCUAGGUAAGUAAUAGUUGCUCAUUGGGAGAUCAUAUGAAACGACUCACCUCAAACACACACGCACGACAGAACUACGUAGAUAAGAAAUGUUAAUAGAAAAAAAUACAGCUGUAGUCUAGAGUCCAGAAACUUGGAGCUUGGUAUAAUAACAUUGGAUUAGUAAUACAGUCGUAACACUGUUACAUUACUAACACUGUUACAUUACUAACACUGUUACAUUACUAAUACUGCUGAUCCUCCUACUGCUGUUCCUCCCUUCAUCUUUCUCGGUCGACAAAGAGCAAUGAUCCCGCCUGAGUCUCGCUUUGUUAACCAAAUUCGACUCUGAGAAAUGCAUUUUUUAAAUAAUUUAACGAGAACGUUGUUUUUAUCUUCAAAAUAAGAUUUGACAGUACUUUCAUUCAAAGGAAUAGACAGGUUUUGGUUUAGGAUCUUCUGUUGAUACAAUUUGGUAUCUCUGUUCAUGAGGAAUUAAGUUUGUUUAUACACGAACGAAACACACACACACACACACACGCACGCACGCACGCACGCACGCACGCACGCACGCACGCACGCACGCACGCACGCACGCACGCACAUACACACAUUCAUAUACACGCGUGCAUGCACACAAACACACACACACACACACACUCACACAGGGAACACAUACACAGGCAACAUCGUAAACAUUCUCAUCUCCUUAUGUUAAUCUGUCUCUUUGUCUGCAUGCUCUCCUGUCUGUAUUCUUUUUUAUGCAUCUAUAUCUGAAAAAAAAAUCCGAGAGGAAGCAUAACAAGAACCAAAUAAAAAAAUAAACAAACAGAGGGCGUGCAGACGCUGGAGGAACCAACAUCGUAUAAAUAAAGUCAACAUCGUCUCAAGUCCUAACAAACCAUUCCAGACCAGCCUGCUGUCUGCCAGAAAAACAUGGUCGCACCCAAGAAGAGAAUUCAGACUUUAGUCAAGGAAAUACGAUGAUUUACUGUUGUAUAUUCUGACCGUUAGAACUGAUGUCUGCGACAAACAGAUGAUGGAGGUCAGCGAUGUGAUUUCUCUUCAGCAACAGUCAAUAGUUCAGCGAGAAGUAAACAAUCAAACUAUGAUCGUUUUGACUUUUUAUUUCUUGCUUCUCGCAGAUUGAAC